AUGGCAGCCCCAGACGAGGUCACCGAGGACGGGUACAACCGCGAGGCGCAGGUGAACGUCCUGGCGCAGAUGUUGCUCCUGAAGGAGACGUUUCCGCUGUUGGAACGCGCCGCGGAGCGAAACGGCGAGGCGCGCGUCGUCCAGCACAGCUCCAGCGCCCGCAUGAUCCCGAGCAAAGGAAAACUCGUUCGCGAUUACUUCGCGAAGACGAGCGCUGAGCAUCCGUUGCCGAAGCCGUUCGCAGGGGACAUCCCGGGUGGGACGGGUAUGUUCAAUGCGGGUCCGGCGUGGCAGAGGUACGGCCAGACCAAGUUGGCCAACGCCAUGUUGUCCGAGCUCUUCCGCGAGAAGCUCGCGGAAAAGUCCUCCAAAAUAAAAUCGCUCGUCGCGGCCCCGGGGCUGGCGGCCACGGAGCUGCAAGUCACGACGAACCGUUCGUUCCACACCAUGAGAGCGUGGGAGGCUAACCUGAUCUUCACGAUCGCGGGGCAGGGGCCGAGGGACGGGUCUCUGCCGCUGACGCGCGCGUGUCUCCACCCGGAUGCGUGUUCCGGGGAUUUUUACGAGCCCAAGCACUUGACGUCGUACGGACCUCCGGUGGCCAUCGCGACCGGCGGGACGUUCAAGAGUCCAAAGGCGGAGAAGGCGGUCAUCUCCGACCGGGAAACGAAGGAGAUGAUGUGGCGCGUCCUGGCGGAGGCGUGCGGGGGAGAGAUCUUCUGA